GCAUUAAUGGUUUCAAAAUUCGUGGUGUGAGUAGCCAGUUGCUCGUGAACCAGUUUCAUGGCCUCAUCCAAAGUUUUCAGACGAGUAUUGUGAACGCCGUCACCCAUUGGUGGGGAAGGGUCAACGAGAGCACCAAAAUGCCACCAUUGCAGGUGUUUGGGAGUGCUGUGGAACCUUGGAAAAUCACCGGUCUUAACGAUUUGCACCGGAGUCGUGCUAAAUUCGCUUUCAAGGCAGUAGCUUACCACGAUGCAACGAUUUAAUAUGAUAAGUUGAUUCUAUCCUUUUAUUCCAUUUCCUAAUUGAUAUUGUUAAUAUUUCCAACAACGGGAUUGAGGGAAAAAUAUGUGCUUAAGGUGGAUUCUUUAUCCGUGAGUUUAUUAAGGAGAUUGAGCUUCUUUUUUUGUUGUGGCUCUUGUAAGGAAGGAGAACACGGGGGAAAAUCCACUGGUAUAAGAAAUUAAUGAUGAGGGGAUUUGUAUGAGCUUGGAGCUCCAUCUCAGCAAAUUUCUUUGUUUAAUACAGUCAAAUAUGAGGUGAAGCACAGUUAGUUUAAAGAGGCAAGAGCGGUCCAAAAAAUUAACAGUGGUGACAUUUUUAUACCAAAAUUUAACGAAGGACAAAAGUGAUUUAUUUCGUAUAGUUUAACAACAAUAUUGACCCCUUUUUUUUUGUAACUAAUCUUGUAUAUUAAUCACCAAUGCAAGAAUUACAAAAUCAUAGCUUAGCAAUAUACUUUGCUAGCUAUCCUAUUACAGCCUACUAGCCAAUAAAACUCAAAGCUACUCUUAACUUUUCUAUACAAAUCUAGUCUUGUGUCAAAAGCUAAGCUAUGUAGCAAAAGUCAACAGCCAGAGGGACACCUAACAUUACAAACAUAGGCAGCUUCUCUAGCAAGACACUCUCCGUCUUUAUACCUCUUUUCAAAGAUCCGCAGAUUCUUUUCAUUCCAAAUUGCAUGAAUAACUUCAGCAAAGACAUGUUUGAAGAUGGUGGCACUUUGAGAUUUACCCUUUGUCGAAGAGAUAGCCCACUCCACAUAAUGAUCCUAGUUCUGUCUUGUUUUGUGUAACCAUGUAAAGAUCAUUGACCAUAGAUGUUUUGUGAAAGUGCAGGCAAUGAAUGGGUGCUCUUUUGUUUUAUCAAUCUAGCCACAGAAAACACAUUUUGGUUCGACUUUGAGGCCCCAACUUAGCAGUCGAUCAGUAGUGAGAAGUCGUCCAUGAAGAUGUAUCCAUACGGUUUAUAUUAAACUCCAAAACACAAGAGAGUGGCUGCAUUGUUAGCUGUUUCAAUAGUGUUUUAAUUGCUCGAGGCCAACAUCAAGCUGGACUUGGGGUGCAAAGAUGUAUUGCGGUGAGAAUAUGGAGUCCAAUGUUUAUUUUCACAUACAAGAUGAGGCAGAAAGGCUGCUUAAAGAGAUUGAACUGAUGAUGAAGAAUGUUGAGAACUCUAAAUUGUAUGCUGGAAUGCGCUUGGAUCUCGAACGGAAUGAAACUUUUCAACAACAUUUGUUUCGCCUUUUAGGCUCUCAUUCACAUGUUCAGGUGGUAAUCUAUGCUUUGGGAAGCAUGGAAUCUGAUUUUCAUGCACAGUUUCAGCUUGCUGUAGUUCUCCUACUAAAAAGAGAUUUUCCCAAUUGGAUUGACAAUAUAGAAGUAUACGAUCCUGUAAUGUCUCCAGCUGAUAUGCUAGUUUUCAGAAAACUGGGUGUUGAGGUUUUGACCAUUAAUGAAAAUUGUAAGAGGCAAGUUCGAAGACCAACAAUGUUCUAUAUGCCUGUUCCUAAUAGUUAUCUUAUCGGAAAUCUGUUGGGUGCGAACUGGUCUUCAUCUUGGAUUAACCAGAUUUUCCUAUUGACAAACUCAUUACGCUGUUUGGCGUCCUCUAUUUCAACAUGUAAUCGGGAUGGAGAAACACUGCAACGCCUAGAGAGAAUUCUCCCCUUCACUACACAGAUUGACAUAAAAGUUAGCCAUGAGGAGAUCUAUAUUAUGUAUUUUCAAGAUUUGCUUGGCAUUUCUUUGACGUGGGUCCCAAUAUGGACAUGGAAGCAUCACUCCCUGUGACUAAGAUCACAGAACAUGAAAGAGAAGACGGAGAUCGACCUUGGUUGGAUUGGCAAAGGGAUCUUGAAGAAGCAUUUUUGGAAGAUAUGCGGAGCGAUAUGUCUAGAGAGGAAUUUGCGCAGAUUCUUGGUGAAUAUCGCGGGCCUCGUCGUUUAAGAUGCAACUCUGUUCCUCCUCCUCUAGGUUGGAUUAAGCUAAACAUUUAUGGGAUCGGUGCAGAAGGUGAUCAGCUAGGACGAUAUAGUGGCAUCUUCCAGGAUGAAACUGGAAUGUGUUUAGGUAGGUAUAGUGGUACCAUUGAUGUUGAAGACAGUGUGGUUGUUGGACUAGAGGCCUUGAAGAAUGGGUUAGUCAGAUGCAUGGAAGGAAAGCCGAAUGCACAGAAGUUGAUUGUGGAGUCCGAUAAUGUUAUACUUGUCCAAUAUGUUAAUGGUAACCCUGAGCCAUAUGAAAUAGCCAUGUACAAGUUGAAAGAAAUUUUUGACUUGCUGGAACGUAUAACUUGUGCAAUUUACCAUGUGUAUGAAGAAGCCAAUGAAGCUGCUAGAGACUUUGCUCUGAGAGAUGAACGUCACAAUCAUGAAUAGAUAGCUCUGAUUUCGACUCAUGGGGUAGGGUUGAAGCUUUCUAGGUUCGACUAAGUUUCACACGCAAGUUGCAUUUCGUGGCAAGUGAUGUUGCAGCAGACUGAUGCAGACAUGGAUCACAGAGCAGACACUUCUGUAUCUUUCCGACUUCUCAUUACCAGGUCUUUUUGUUUGUCAAAUGAUGAUGAAUGCAACAAUUGGAAAAGGAAAAAGGAAGAGAAAAACAAAUGCAUUCUGAAGGCAAAGGCAAGCCUUAUAUGUUAUCUAAUUUGUGCAAACAGAAGCAAUUUUCUUGAUCUAUGUUAAUGUUCAUUGAAUGU